AUGGAGAAUUUGGACCUGGUGGUGGUUGGCGCAGGCUGGAGCGGGCUCGCCGCUGUCAAGACCUAUCGCGAUCUCAAUCCGGAAAGCAACAUCUUUCUCCUGGAGGCGGCCAGCUCCAUCGGCGGGGUGUGGGCCAAACAUCGUCACUACAAAGGCCUCAAAUCAAAUAACAUGUUGGGCACCUAUGAAUUCAGCGAUUUUCCUAUGGACGAGGCCAGCUUUGGCGUGAAGCCUGGUCAACACAUUCCCUGCGAUGUCAUCCAGCGAUACAUGGAAGCUUACGCCGACAAGUUCGGUUUCGCCGAUCGCGUUCGACUCGACCAUAACGUGGAAAGCGCCCGACAUAAGCUGGAUGGAACAUGGCAGUUGAUAGUGUCGCACGGAGAGAAAUCGGUGACCAUCGAGACUCGAAAAUUAAUUGUAGCCACGGGUAUCACUUCGCAGGCCUAUCUGCCUGACUUCACGGGACAGGAGACCUUUGGUGCACCUCUGCUUCACUGUCGCGACAUGCUCCAGCAUGAAGCUGAAGUCUUCAAGGCCGAGGGACGAGCAACAGUGUUUGGCGGCUCGAAAUCCGCGUGGGAUGCGGCCUAUGCCUGUGCCACGUCCGGUAUGAACGUGGACUGGAUCAUUCGUGAAUCCGGCCACGGUCCUUGUUGGAUGGCACCCGCCUAUGUAACGCCGCUGAAGAAGUGGCUAGAGAAGCUGGUGACCACGCGCCUCUUGACUUGGUUCAGCCCGUGUGUCUGGGGCGACGCCGAUGGCUUCACGCGUGUGCGCAGCUUUCUCCAUGAGACUUGGCUGGGACGCAAAAUUGUCGACGCCUUUUGGGCUGUGUUGGCCGACGAUGUCGUGCAAUUGAACGGCUAUGACAAGAACCCGGAAAUGAAGAAGCUGAAACCGUGGGUGAGUCCAUUCUGGAUCGCCUCGUCGCUCAGCAUUCUCAAUUAUCCUACCGACUUCUUCGAUCUGAUCAAAGAUGGCACUAUCAAGGUGCACAUCGCCGAUAUUGACCAUCUUUCCGACCAUGCCGUGCACCUAUCCAGUAGCGAAAUACUCCCGACCACAGCUUUAAUCUGCUCGACAGGCUGGCGUUGUACCCCCAACUUGAAGUUCCUCCCGGAAGGCAUUGAUCGCGAGAUGGGAUUCCCGUGGAGCUCAGACCCUGUGGAUGAGCGCAUGGUCAAGGCCGCGGACAAGGAAAUCCUUCGACGAUUCCCUCGUCUACGCAAUGGUCCUCCUCCCAACUCCAAGUACCAACCGCUCAGUCAACAGUCAGAAGCAGCUGCUCCGCACCCCUUCCGAAUGACUCGAUUCAUGGUUCCACUUUCGUUCGUGAAAGAGCGAUCUCUGGCUUUCAUGGGAAUCACCAUGACCAUCAACACGACCUUGAUUGCUCAAACUCAAGCACUGUGGAUUUCUGCCUACUUUGGAAAUCAGCUAACCCCCACGGCGACUGAGCGCUGUCCGCCCGCUGUACGCGCAGCUUCGGACUCCAAAAGUGAGGACGACUCCGAGCUGGACCUAGCGUGGGAAACAACUCUACACACGGAGUUUGGCCGGAUUCGAUACCCAGGGGGCUUCGGCCAUCGCAACCCAGACUUUGUGUUUGAUGCCAUUCCCUAUAUCGAUCUGAUGUUACGCGAUCUGGGUUUGGCAACUGAGCGCAAGCGGGGCCUGCUUGCACAGUGCUUCCACCCCUACGGCACGGAGGAUUACCAAGGACUAGUGGAAGAAUGGAAAGCGAAGCAGGAGAGUCGGAAGUGA